AUGGCGCAACAUGCUCCCUACGUGCGAACACAAGGCAGUGGAGUCUCCGUUCGGACUUCUCGAGAUUCAGGGCGAUCUGCUGGGAGUCGGUACGUUCCGAAGGCCAAGAGUAGUCCUUCUCAAGCACUCCACAGGGUGCGAAGUGCAGCACGAAAGGAUGCCACUACACAGACGCAACUGUCGCUCUCGCUGACUCCUGUGGCCAUGGAGAAGACUCAAUUAGAGCCAGCAGAGCUUCAAGCGGCACAAGGGCUUCAAGGUCCAUCAGACACUCCAAGAGCGAGUCGGAUCACGAAGGAUUCCUGGGGCCUUGCGUCGCUGGACCCAAGCACUUGGCCGGUCUUCAAGGAUGGCUUCGGCUCCUGCAACAGCUUGACCAUCGCGCCCGUACCUGAAGGCGACCCUGUAUCAGAGGGACACCCGAUGGAAUGUGUUGACGAAGCUCUUGCCACGGCCCGUCACGAGAACGAGUCUUUGCGCCAACUCUGCUACGAUUUGGUAAGCUUGGCACAGGAGAAGGACUUCCCUGAGGCGCCGAUUAGCCAUGAGGUGCUGAUUGCGGAGGCCCGAAAGAGCUUGCUGGCUGUUAGCCAGCAAAUGCUCCAAGCUGCCAAAGAACACGACGAUGCCAUGCCUGCGGGGAGGAAUGCGCAGUCAUCUCCAUGUGAUGCGCCAGCCAAGUCCGCAAGCGCCGCAACCCCCAACUCGGCGAGCUCGAGGUGGAUGCCUCUGUCCGCAUCGUCUUCACCCUCUGAGCCUGUUGCUCGGAACAUGAAUGGUACUUGCAUGUCGGCGAGUACAGCAUGUACGCCCACAGAGACCUGCCAAAGCAUCACCGUGACCAGCAGCCCAGUCUCGAGAGUCGUAAGCUUGGAUGGUCGGGCUCAAAGCCCCGUGGCGGCGACAUCUCCGACAGCCUGGUCUCCAUCCUGUCCUGUGUCUCCGAUGUGGAGCCCUGUUACGCGGACGCGGGUCACGCGAUUUGCUUCUGACGGAACCCGCAGCCCGGUUCUGGCUACCCGAGCCACGUUGCCGGUAAUUCCAAUUGCGGGCAUCGCGUUGUCGCCAUCACAUCCAGUUUACUCCACUGCUCGGCUGGGAAGGUCUCGAUCUGUCAGCGUCACUAGGCGGCACUACAAGCAGUGUUGGGUCCUCCAGCACGAGGAGCGAAUCAUUCUGUGA